AUGGCUCUCAGAAUCUCUAAGCUUUUCAAGUCUUCCGCUCCAACGAAGAUCGAUGUCCCACCACUCGUGCUUCCGGCUGAAGUAAAAAAGAUGAGAACACGAGACAGAUUGCGCAACAAGUGCAAACGUAUUGGAAGACUCUUCCACAAGUUGUUUGAGCACAAAAGCUCAAAGUCUACCAAACUUCUAGUCCUCGCUACACCAUCACCAAAAGUAUUUGCUGGACCACUAACAUUGGCAGAACCCACCUCUCAACUCUCACUGGAUGAGUUGGAAAAACUCACCCUAAUCUAUAACUGGAUUAAAGACUCUUUGGAGACUCCAGCUACCAUGGCCAACCUCAACAAAUCGUUCACGAACAAGUUGUAUGUGGACACCAUCAGGCAGCUUAUUCAGCAGAGACAAGAUGCUAUUGCUGCCAAAGAGAACGCUGGGUGGACCAUCGCCGUCAAAGGACGCAAACCCCGAAGUUAUGCUACCGCCAACGCCAAGGCGCUAGUUCUUCACCAGAAGAAAGCGAAAAUCCAAGCCCGGCGCUAUGGAUUUCCCUCGGUACCUUGUGAGAGCUUGGCCAACCUUCGGACCAGAAAUACCUUUGUGAUGUUGGACAAUUAG